UCGGAGAGACAGAACUCCCCGCUAUACAUCACAAAAUCCACCCCACUAAACUUUACCACCUCCGACAUCCUUCCGUUACCUCCAUGUGCUAAACCAACGAACCGACAUUCAAUUGCCUGUCAGCCGGCUAGAUCCUCCUUCAAAUCUACCUCCUUUACCAGCUGCAACUUCUCUCAUCAUGGCCGGUACUCCCCGUCUUACCGUCCUCAUCUCCGGCAACGGAACGAACCUUCAAGCUCUUAUCGACAAGGUUUCAGCCAAAGAACUUUCUCCGCCAACCACUACUAUUGUGCGUGUUAUUUCUAAUCGCAAAGACGCAUUUGGUCUCGAGCGUGCCCGCCAUGCGAACAUUCCCACCCUAUAUCACAACCUGGUGUCCUACAAGAAGAAACAACCUGCCACGCCCGAGGGCAUUCAGGUUGCUCGUGAAGAGUACGAUGCUGAGCUCGCGCGCCUUGUCCUGGCCGAUAAGCCGGACCUUGUAGUUUGCCUGGGUUUCUUGCAUGUGCUGUCGCCAAGAUUCUUGGAUCCCCUGGAGCGGGAGGGUUUGCGGAUAAUUAAUUUGCAUCCAGCAUUGCCUGGAGCUUUCUCUGGCGCUAAUGCUAUUGAGCGUGCACACGACGCUUGGAUGCAAGGCGAAAUCGAUAAGACCGGCGUCAUGAUUCACAAUGUCAUUUCCGAAGUCGACAUGGGCAAACCCAUCUUGGUUCGCGAAAUCCCAUUCAUCAAGGGCCAGGAUGAGGACGUGCAUAAGUUGGAGCAACGCAUUCAUGAAAUUGAAUGGGGAGCGGUAAUUGAGGGCACGCAGAUUGCGAUUAACAAUGUUCUAGCGCAGAAGGGAGAGACUCCGGCAUAGACUUAUUGGCUAUCAUGCAAUUGGGUUUUUCAAUCCCGGAACAGUGAAGCAAAGCUUUGACGGAAUCUAUGCAUCAAAGAUACUGGACCAGAAAUGUCAUUGAGAUUUGGAUGGCGGGCUGCGGAAAUAUCACGUAGCUCUUUCGAAGGACAAGAGGCAAGGGCAAGAUUAGGAUAUAUACCCAUGACUUGCGCGUUUUAAAGUUUUUUAACGGGAGUCUACCAG